AUGGGUCAUUCACAAUCAAAAUUCUUUAAUCAAUUUCUAUUCAAAAGAAAUAAUAGAAAGGUUACUAAAAGAAGCGAAAAUUCAGAGUGUAAUAAUUCAGAGUGUAAUGAUUGUAAUGAUAAAAGAGUAGAACAACAAAUUAAUAUGAAUAAAGAACCAUCAACUUCAACGAUCUCAGUAAUCGAUGUUCAUAGGUUCAUUGAAGGUCGAAGGUUUCGGAUUUCUAUGAAUGCCACAUAUACAUUUCCAAGUGACUACAAAGAAGCUACACGGUUUAAUGAAUCUAUUAAACUUAUGAAACGAUUAUUUAAUUAUAAUUAUUCGGCUCCUGUUGAACAAUUAUUAAUAAAUGGUGCAAAAGUACUUGAAAUCGG